AUGGAAGAACUUACGGCGUUCGUCUCGAAGUCUUUUGACCAGAAAGUGAAGGAGAAGAAGGAGGCUAUCACGUACCGGGAGGUGCUGGAGAGCGGACCGCUGCGCGGGGCCAAGGAGCCGAUCGGCUGCGCGGAGCCGGGCCGUGACGACCGCAGCAGUCCCGCAGUCCGGGCGGCCGGCGGAGGCGGCGGCGGCGGAGGAGGCGGAGGCGGAGGCGGAGGAGGUGGAGGAGGUGCAGGAGGAGGAGGAGCGGGCGGAGGAGCUGGAGGAGCGCGCUCUCCCGUCCGGGAGCUGGACAUGGGCGCCGCCGAGAGAAGCAGGGAGCCGGGCAGCCCGCGGCUCACCGAGGUGUCCCCGGAGCCGAAGGAUCGCAAAGAGGAUGCGAAAGGGAUGGAGGACGAAGGCCAGACCAAAAUCAAGCAGAGGCGAAGUCGGACCAAUUUCACCCUGGAACAACUCAACGAGCUGGAGAGGCUUUUUGACGAGACUCACUACCCGGACGCCUUUAUGCGUGAAGAACUGAGCCAACGGCUGGGGCUGUCCGAGGCCCGAGUGCAGGUUUGGUUUCAAAAUCGAAGAGCUAAAUGUAGAAAACAAGAAAAUCAACUGCAUAAAGGCGUCCUCAUAGGGGCUGCCAGCCAAUUUGAAGCUUGUAGAGUAGCACCGUACGUCAAUGUAGGUGCUUUAAGGAUGCCAUUUCAGCAGGAUAGUCAUUGCAACGUGACGCCCUUGUCCUUUCAGGUUCAGGCGCAGCUGCAGCUGGACAGCGCCGUGGCGCACGCGCACCACCACCUGCACCCGCACCUGGCCGCGCACGCGCCCUACAUGAUGUUCCCCGCGCCUCCCUUCGGACUGCCGCUCGCCACGCUGGCCGCGGACUCAGCUUCUGCCGCCUCCGUCGUGGCCGCCGCGGCUGCCGCCAAGACUACCAGCAAGAACUCCAGCAUCGCGGAUCUCAGACUGAAAGCCAAAAAGCACGCGGCCGCCCUGGGUCUGUGA